UGAGCGUAGCCAAAGGGGGCGGGUCAUAGGCGGAUAUCGGAGCAACAUCACGCAGGGCUGAGGAGGAAACACGGUUUGUGGUUUAACUCGGUGCCAACUGACGGAGGAGAGUGACACACACGAGUAAACAGCAUUAAGUGGACAAUAAAGCGCUGGGCAUCAUGGCUCUGGAUGGAUGCGGACUGCUCUGUAAAUAUAUCCUCAUCCUCUUCAACGUCAUCUUUACGUUGCUGGGGUUUGUCUUCCUGGGUCUCGGCCUGUGGCUGAGGUUCAGCGGGAGCACCAGAGGCUUCUUCGAGCUUCAGGGCUCCAGUGCGUUUGUCAUGGCUGUGAUUGUGCUGAUAGCUCUCGGCUCGGUGAUGCUGAUUGUGGUGGCGUUUGGAGACCACGGCGCCUGCAAUGAGAAAAGAUGUUCUCUGCAAGUGUUCUCCAUCCUUCUGGGCAUUCUUGCUGUAGCUGAAAUUGCUGUUGGAGUGCUCGCUUACACCAACCGGAAAGCGGUCGGGCAGAACAUCGGGGAGUUCUACGCCAGCAUGUAUGUUCUGUAUGCGUCAAGCGGAGACCCAGUCGUCGGUGCCACUCUCGCAUUCAUCCACAAAACACUUCAUUGCUGUGGAGCGACGGGAUUCAACUUUAUCGAGGCGGUUCAAAAUACCUGUCCCAAACCAGACGGGUUCUUGGGCCUCGUGAUGCCUGCCUGUCCUGGAAUCAUUGUAAACGUCUUCGACAGCAAAGCAUCAAUGGUGUUGGGCGUCUUCAUGGGAACUGGAGCUCUUUUGAUCAUAGCUCUGAUUUGCAGCCUAAUCCUCAGUAGAGAGCUCCGUCAGUCCGCCUCAUCUCCACAGUACAUCAUCCUGACUCACCCCACUAACCCGGCUAACCCUCAACCUUCACCUCACCAACACGUGUUUGCCUCCACCUCCUACCCCCAACUUGAUCAGGAACCCAUCGUCUUCACCCCUCUCACUGUAGCCAACAUCCCCACGGCUCAGGCUUAGUGAGUGCUUGUCCACUUUCACUCUUGUCGGUCAUGGUGUCUUCAUGUUCAGCUCUGCAGGGUGUCUUCAACCUUUAAGGAAAAAUCCACCCCAAGGCAGAAUUUUAAACUCUCCAUCUAGUUCAUUAUUAACUUUAACUGUAAAUUGAGGUUUGUUUGCUGUAACAGUGAAAGAAGCUGCUUCUGGGAUUUUGUUAAUAUUUAAUAAUGCAUAUCCAGGGUUGGAUUUUUCCUUUCAGUGCUCAAUUAUUCAUUUAACCUUUCGUCGUGCAGUUGUGUGCACAUGAAGCUUGGUAGUGCAACUUCUAAUCACACUCAUUCUGUGGCUGUGGGUCUUUACUGGAGGGAAUAAGGAGGCAGGCUGCUCACCGCACACCUUUGUUCCAUCCCUGCUUUUUACGCCACCCCUCCUCCUUGUGUGUGUGCAUGACAGAUUACUGCCCUGGUUUGCGCCACCAUCCUCCUGAAACAGAUCAAGAGAAACUACCAGGAUAUGACCGCGUACUAUUCCAACGUGUACUGAGAAGCGGCUUCAGUCCAUCGCUGCAACUGAGGCUCGACCAACGAAUAAAAGUUUACAGGUUUUCUUUCCCUCUGUGUGUGAACUACUGAUCGUGCCAGUUUUUGCACUGAACUAGUGUUACAUUGUUAAUAAUUUGAUCCAUUUCGAAGAAGGGAAACUUUGUUCAGAGCUGACAGUGUUUUAUUGUCUAUCGUCUUCUUCUAAAAUAAUCAUGCAGCACCUCCUGGUGAAAUGGAUGUCACUUUUAAUUAGCCAUUAUUCAUCCGACUAGAAACUGUCACAGCUAGACAGCGUGUGCUUCCUAGUCUGACAGGCCUGUACAUCAUUGCAGGAACACGAUAAGUAAUCUGAGGAUGAGAACAACACAUCCUUUAAAUAACACCAAAAAAAAAAACUGUUACAGGUUUGAGCAGAUAUGUUGCACCAUAAUGACGGUAGCUCUUGUUUUGGUCUGUUGCAGCAUGUGAAAUGGAGUUAAAUACUCUGAGCCAGUGCAAAAUAUUCAAGUGUGUGUCAUCUUUAUGUAUAAACGCAAAAAGGGAUCCUUUUAGACAUUUCAUAAGCUUUCAUUUUAAAACUGUAGAUGACAUGCAUUCCAGUUGUUUUCUUGUAGUCAUGCUGAGGGACGCAGGACUGGUCAAAUAAUAAAGUCAAGCACCUUCUCGAGUGCGACAGAAACGUCCUGCAGGUUUCCCCUCAGUGUUUAGCUUCUGUAAACGCUGGUUUGAGGGGGAACAGACGUUUUUUGGUCAUUACAUUAAGAACGUUUUCAUUCCUGCCAAGAGCUUCUCUGAGCGUCCUGUUUAGAAAAAGAAAGAAACCUGAAUGCUGUUAAUCACUUUUUUCCUCUGUACACUGUAGUACUAAUUACUGCUUGCACUAUAUUGUUCUGAAGUUUUUUUUAAAUAAAUAUUUCACAGAGGGCUUUUCCCUCUUCUUCA